CGUACGUACGUACGUACGUACACACGCAGCUGAAACUCGCAGCUAGUUAGUUAACAUUUUUGCGAACGACUAGAUUUCGGAAGGAAGUAACCUGGCUGAAUUAUCUUCGAAAUAACUUGCUUUAAUCGCAGAGAAAAAAAAUAAAGGUUUUGAGUAAAAUUUGAGGAACAAAUGGCAAGCUUGGAAGCCGCCAGGUCGCACGGAGUAGCUAAGGCCUCAUGGAUGCUACGGCAGAGUGAAAUCCUUUGCAGAUGGAAGAACUGCUUCUGUGUCCUGUACAGAAACGGGAACUUCACCUACUACAAGGAUGAGAAUCGUCAAGAGGAACAAGGCAGCGUCAACAUAACCAAGAGCUGCUAUGCUGUCAACUGUGGGGAAGAGAUCAGUGUAGGGUGUCCUCCGCCUGGCAAAGUGAAGAGCUGCCUUCUUGAGCUGCGGACUCACCAGGUCAACAUGAUGUUCUGCACUGACUCCUUGGACGAUAGCCAGACCUGGAAGUCCGCACUCAUUGAGGUCAAAAAUGCAAAUAGUCAACCAGCCCGCCCCCCAGCAGCCCGCCCCCCAGCUGCAGCCCCUGCCCCCAUCAUGGCUCCACCCCCUUAUGCCCCACAACCUCAACCUUCUGUGGCCAUGGCCCCGCCCCCUUACACUGUCACUCAAGUGGCCCCUGUCAACCAGUGGGGCCGUACCACCACCUACACGAGCUAUCAGGUCCCCAGCAACCAGUACGUCAUCCCUCCGGCCAAUCAGACGCUGAUCUUGAACGGACGUACCGUGGUGCAGCGGGGCUACCCGGUCCAGAACACUGUGUACUCUUACCCAGGCCAGACGUGCAUGUAUACAUGCCAACCUUCGCAGAGUACAACCAUUCUGUACCGUUGAUGACUGACACACUUUUGGAUCGGCAACAAAUGAUUCGAGCUUCAUAGUCUAUCUUAUGCGAAUGGACAUAUUACAUGCCCAAGAUGUCUAUAUUUCAAACUUAAGCCUUAGCAUGCUCUGUAAUACUUGCUGAAUAUUUAGCAAAAGCUGAUACACAUACUUUGUUUAUGAAGUAAAAUACUCGUACAUGUAAUGGCAAUGCUUUUGUUUUACAAUUAUCCAGAAAAAUUAAGUCCUUUGUAUGUUACAUUUCAUGAAGCAGUUUGUCUGAGAAUGCUUCUAGCAUAAUAUGAGAAAAUGUUCUUAAAUGACUUAUAAGGGUUCAGUUAUUUUCCUAAGUAUCUUUAGUACUAUGUUCUUUCGCAAGUGGUAUGUUGGUGGGGACUAUUGUAAAAUUAUGUGAAUUGCAGUAAAUUGGGGUAAUCGUAAUGUUUGUUGCAUAGACCAUGUGACCUAUAACGUCAUGCCGGCAGGCAACUACAGGGCAAUCCCAAACAUUUAAAGUAUUUUUGCAUAAUUAUUCAUAAGACGGAAUUUGUGUCGGGGUGAUGUAAAUUCAAUAUUGGAUCUUUUGCAUGUUAUUUGGCCCACGUUAUAUGUCAAUCAGACUCAACAUUUUUAAGCCGUUCGUAUUUCAAGAAAUAUACAUACAGUGCUGAAGAAAUCCAUUGCUAAAAGUCGGCAUCAUUCGACCACAACAUGUUUUUUACAUUCAAUGCCUUUGAUCAGCUGGUUUAGAAAUGUGAAAAAAAGUCAAACAUAUAUCUUGGCCCUCUUGCCUAGAGGUGAAAUGAGACUGAAAAACUACUUUGUGAUUUUAUAAGUGGAACUUAAGUAAUUAAUUUUGUGGUUUUCUUUAAUUUCUGUCUUUAUGGUUAUUAUUUGCAUAAUUAAUGUCAAAGUGGAAAGGGCGGUUUGGAAUAUUUUGAGCAAAUGUCAAAAAAGCUGUAUAUAAUAAGUGUAGAACCUGUCUUGACAUCAGUUUGAUCAAAUGCAAAACUAUAAACUGUGUUAAAAAAUGUCAACGUUUGUGCAACUGCAGGUUUGGAAAGAUGGAAUCAUGUACAGAAGAUAGGAUCAAAUCCUACAAUUGAGAUAAAAGUGUAUAUAUUUAGAUCUGUGGAUUGUUAUCUUGAAUUCUUUGAACAUCAUUGGUAGUUUCUGUCUGGAUUUUGGUACACAGUACAAAGUGCAUAGCGAUAGAGAUUAAUACAGCUGAUUAUGUACACAAACAAGUUGUUUAUUCAAUUUCAUCCCCACAUCAGAAUUGAAUGAGGUACAUGUACUUGUAAAAUACGCAUGUAUUUUUUUCUGCAUGUGAAGGAAACAAAAACUUUUGUAUGUAUUUUUUUAUAACAACCUCCAGAAAAAAAUAAUAAAGAACAAUACUUCAUUGCAUGCAUGAGAUUAUUCAAAGUUACCAAUCAUGUUCAUUAGAAUUUCGCCAAAAAAAACUAUAUUUAUAUUCUGUUGCCAAGCAAAGCUUUUAUAAGCUGUAUUAAUUAUAUUGCUUCAGUACUGCAAUUUGUUGAUGGGUUAAUGAUUAAGUAGCUCUGCGGUAAUCGGUGACUGAGCAAUAGUGAAAGGUUAAAUAAAGCAAAUUGAAAAGAAAA